GGGGCUCUGUUGGCGGAAGGAGACUGUGGGUUGGUGUCGGGGAGCGAGAGCGCGGCGCUAGGAUGAACGCUCCUCCGGCCUUCGAGUCGUUCUUGCUCUUCGAGGGCGAGAAGAAAAUCACCAUUAACAAGGACACUAAGGUUCCCAACGCCUGCUUGUUCACCAUCAACAAAGAAGACCACACUCUGGGGAACAUCAUUAAAUCGCAGCUGUUGAAGGACCCGCAGGUGCUGUUUGCUGGCUACAAAGUCCCUCACCCCUUGGAGCACAAGAUCAUCAUUCGUGUGCAGACCACCCCAGACUACAGUCCCCAGGAGGCUUUCACCAACGCCAUCACAGACCUCAUCAGCGAGCUCUCCCUUCUGGAGGAGCGAUUCCGGGUGGCCAUCAAGGACAAGCAAGAAGGAAUUGAGUAGCAGCUGAAAGAAGCGUUGCUUAGUGGCUGGAAGGCUGGCACAUACUCCUCAGGGCCCUUCAGUUUACCACAUGGCGACAGCCACUCUCAGCUCUCUAGCUGGGCACGGGGCUCUGCCCCAUUCUGUACAUAGACUGUUGUUUUCCUAAUAAAAGCAGAGCAGAAAAUGGG